AUUCGUCAUUGUAGCUCUUUGAAAAACAAACGAAAUUCCCGGGAAAGAACCUUCGGAUCAGCUGAUGAUUGUAAACAACAACAAGCUCACGACCUCCAGAUCCCGGGAUUGAGAAAGAUGGUGCGAGCAUGGUACAUGGACGAGAGCAACGAGGACCAGAGGAUGGAACACCAACAGUCUCCCCCAAAGUUCGUCUCUCUGGAUGACCUCUACAAGGACACGGGAGUAAUGUACUGGAAGCUGGAUCCUAAAAAUUACGAGUCCGAGGGGAAGCUGAACAAGAUUAAAACGGAAAGAGGCUACUCGUACAUGGACGUCAUCCAAGUGUCUCCGGAAAAACUCCAUAAUUAUGAGGAGAAGAUCAAAACAUUCUUCGAAGAGCAUAUCCACGUAGAUGAGGAGAUCAGGUUCGUCACCGAGGGUUCCGGGUACUUUGAUGUACGGGACAAAGAAGACAAGUGGAUCAGGAUUGAGGUCAUAGCCGGCGACUUGCUAAUUUUGCCAGCGGGUAUUUACCAUCGUUUCACUCUGGAUGCUAAGAACUACAUCAAGGCUAUGAGACUGUUUGUUGGCGAGCCCAUCUGGACGCCAUACAAUCGCCCCGCUGACGACAUGGAGGCCCGCAAGACCUACGUCGUCGAGCAAAAGAAAGGAUUUGCGGCGAAGUAAAUCACAACCACCAGACGAAAACUUCAAGUAUCAUUAGCAAUUGAAAAGGAUUUUCUGUGAGGGGUCCUUGAAUGGCCUCGUUGACUGUUGUUAAUUGUUUCAAAGCUAUAUACAUUUAAUAAUUGUUGACCUCUAAGAGUAUAACACAAGCAGGAUUUAAAAUUAUUUUUGACAUUGAGAUUUUUAUACAGCAGAUGGCUCAGUGUAUCUUUAAUACACUGCAUAAUUAUUGUUUAUAUCUCGUUUAAAUGUUGAUCGUCUUGUUGGAAAUACUAUAAAUUAUAUGCAUUUUAAAAUGUUAGCUUGUUGAAUUUUUAUCAAUAAAUUUUAUAUAUAUGUUAUUGGAUAUUUGCCGUGCAGUGUGCUGCUGUUAAGAUGGACAUCACCAGUUGUGUAAUGGUGUAUGUCUUCAAUUGUGUAGUGGUGGACAUUGCCAUGGGUGUAGUUGUGUACAUCCCCUGUUGUGUAGUGAUGGACAUUCCAGUUGUGUAGCCAGCCCGUUCUCCUAAAAUUUCCCAACGCCGAGAAAACGGUAAAUUUAAUGUGUCCUCUCCUAACAUACCAGAGGACCCAAAAACAGAAAACGGAACAGUAUGUCACUUUUGCCACCCGCUUUCAUUUUCUCGUACAACAAUUUUUGACCUUAUACGGGCGACGUUCUUUGUAGGAUGACAUAUUGGCGUAGUUGUGUACAUCUCAUGUUGUGUAGUGUACAUUGCUAGUUGUGUAGUGGUGUACAUCCUGAUUUGUGUAUACUAUAUCUGUAGUGGUGCAGAUCUGCGGUUCUAUAGUACUAUUUGAUUUACAGUUACAUAGUAAUAUAGAUGUAUUGUAGUUCUGUAGCUCGCAGUUAUGUAGUAAAAUAGAUGUACUGUAGUUCUGUAGCCCUGCAGUGUUGUGAUGCAAUAUCACUAUUACUUGUUGAAUGGUUUGAGACUGAUGCUAUUUUGACAUGAUUGAAAUUUUUCUAUGUGCUGUUGUAUUGUGUAUGCUGUUGUAUUCUCUUUGUUGCUGCAUUGUUUCUAUAUGUGUUAUAUUACUAUAGAUGUAGUGAAUCUAUCUUGAGCUGCUGCUACUCAUGAGGAAACGAUUUGGAGCAAUGUGGGGAUUUGAAGCAGCGUUUUAGUGUCUUCCAAUGAUUUGUGGGGAUUGGUAUACACACAGAUGAUAGUGUAUACCAAGGAAACUUAUUAUAUGGGUGUAAAGCUAAUCGUUUUGGGGCUGGGAUGGUUUGGGAAGUCACAGCGUUGAUAAGGUGAUGUCAUUAGGCAGCUUGUGGAUAUUUAAGUGACUAAAUUUGCAGCUACAUGUGUGUGUGAUAAAAGUUAUAGAUGUCUAACCUAAUUGACUUAUUAAUUGAUGAAGAUUAAGCCACCCAAGAGGUGGCACGGGCAUGAGUAGCCCAUAAAUGGUAGAUGUUUGGAGUGAAUGUGAUCUUGGGUCGUAAAUAGUCUACGUUGAGACUGCUAUGAAAUUUUGCAUUACAGUUAUUUUGUAAGAGCCUGAUUCAUAUAUUAUAAAGCUACUCUGAAUGUGUUGUCAGCAUUUAGAAUGUUUAGGAAGUGAAAAAUGCACUUAUUAACAACUUCACACGCAUACAUUCAGUAUAAAUUUCAUGCAUGAUGGUUUAAAAUACUGCACACAUUUCUUAAUUACCGUACUAUUGAAAUAUCAGAUGGCAGAACACGUCAAUAUGGAUGGAUGGUUGGAUACUGAUCAACACAUUACACUAUUUAAAGUAUGUUAUUUACAGGGCAACAUGGUUUUCUGAGCCAGAGAUGUUUUAGUUUGUUCCGCAGUCAUUUCUAUAAGUGCCUCUUAGUAUUUCCACACACUAUAACACUGGAGGUGAUAAAUUUUGGGGAGAAUUGAACAGACUCUUGGAGUCACUCUGGGUCACUCUCCUCUCUACCUUUAGGGUUUGGAUUAGAAUCUGGCUCUCUACGAGACGCGGGGAAGUUUGGGGACAAACCCGAAACUGGAGAUAAAGUGCAUCAGAACAAGCAACUGCUUGUAUGAAAUUGGUUGUCCUGAGGAAAGGAAAGCAAUUAUUGACAUGGGGUGAACAUCCCGGCCCUGAAACACCCAGUUGCCACAUACUGACAGCUCAGGGCGAGCAGGGUAUCUUUGGUACACCCAAGUGGGAGAGGUUUCUUCUUCUUUGGAGUUUAGGUGUUCUCGGUGCAGUUGUGAGUCAAUGUUGGCUCUGCGGCUGCGAACUUCUCGUCUUCUGCCUCGUGUUCUGCCAUUUGCAGCAGUGGAUACUCAUGCGAGAUGCAUGUUUGAAUUUCUGUGUAGCUCGCUGUACCUGCCUGCUGACUGUUUUUAAUUCUCUUCUUGUGUCUGCUUGAUCACUUUGCUUCCUCUUUGCUACCCCUCGAAUGCUUCUUCAGUGGUUUAUUCUCUGGGCCAUGUCUGGCUGAAGGUGCUAUACAAUAUUUUCUGGUGGACAUCCAUUUGCUGCAGUUAGGACCAUGUGAUGCAUGACGCAGAGCUUUCUCACCCCUCAAGGCUUGUAUGACAGACGUGUUCAGGCUUCAUAAGCUGAAAUUUUGGAGGAUCUACAAACUCCAGUUUAUAUACUGUGCUUGAGUGUAAUGUAUAACCAUAGGAAAGGCUUAAGGGGUGUACUGUGAACGCCUGUUGAUGUGUGCAGCUCUACUCCUGUACUGUUUUCUUAAUGUUCUGCAAACAUUGUGACGAAGUCUAAUAAUUUACUGUACAACAGUGUUCUUGUAGGCAGAAGUUAGGUACAGUGUUUUCUAUCUUAUUUUUAUACCUUUGUACUGGUGUUUGGUGGGGAAGUGUGAAUAGAAUAGAAUAUAUUUGUGAUAAACUACAUAUAAACAAUCCCAGUGGGCACAAUAACCCGGUGUAAUGCUGAAUCAAUGUUAAAUUAACAUUGAUAAUGUUAAAUUAAUGUUGAUAGUGAUGCUACUGUAUCAAUGUUAAUUCAGUGUUAAAAUCUCAUUAAUGUUGAUAAUGCUGAUUUAAUGUUGAAUUAACAUUACACUGGGUUAUUGUGUCCACUGGGAUAUAAACGUGCAGAAAAUGUUAACCUGGUCUUCUUUUUUGUACUAAAGGAUAUACAAAUGUUGAACUUGGAAUUUAUUAAAAUAAUUAGACAUUCCCUCUUUUGUAUUGAUAUUGCUAAAUAAAUGUUGGAAAAAUA